CCACAGCGAUUGAGGCUGAUCUUUCUCACCCUGUUUAUUUGUACACAAAGCUGGAAGAAUGGCUUGUUUGUGACAUACUUUAAGGGACUUUUCUAUGAACAAAUUACAAGUCAGGAAGGACUGAGGAUCCAAUCAAUUCUGCAAGUUUCCAGAUACAUUGAAAGUCUUCAUGGACCUCACUUCGGGACAUCUUCAUGAUCUGCUAGCCAGAGCUGACACAAUACUUUCCUGAACCAGUACUCACUCACUGGAGGGGAGUUCAACCAGAAGGACUUAGACAUUCCUCAUCGGCAGGUGGACUUCAGUGGCCAAAGGACCAUGGCUUCUAUUGUAGACUUCGACCCUGUAAACACCAGUGUCCCAGCCACUAAAAUUGAGAUCACCGUGUCAUGCAGGAGUUUGCUGGAUAUGGACACAUUCUCUAAGUCUGAUCCAGUGGUUGUCCUGUAUGUGCAAGGGGUCGGAAACAAAGAAUGGGCAGAGUUCGGACGGACCGAGGUGAUUGACAACACACUGAACCCAGACUUUGUACGCAAGUUUGUGCUGGACUAUUUCUUUGAAGAGAAGCAGAACAUGAGGUUUGAUGUGUUCAACGUAGAUUCUCGAAGCUGCAAUAUAUCAAAACAUGACUUUCUGGGGCAAACGUUCUGUACCCUUGGAGAAGUCAUUGGGUCCCAAAGAAGUCGUCUGGAGAAGCCGUUGACGGGGAUUCCAGGCAAGAAAUGUGGGUCCAUAAUCUUAUCUGCCGAAGAACUCAGUAAUUGUCGGGAUAUCGUUACAAUGCAACUCUGUGCCAACAAAUUAGACAAGAAGGAUUUCUUUGGGAAAUCAGACCCAUUCCUUGUGUUCUACCGCAGCAACGAGGAUGGAACAUUCACCAUUUGCCACAAGACAGAAGUAGUGAAAAACACAUUGAACCCUGUUUGGCAGCCGUUCACUAUUCCAGUACGAGCUUUGUGCAACGGGGACUUUGACAGGACGGUGAAAGUGGAUGUGUAUGACUGGGACAGGGGAGGGAGUCAUGACUUCAUUGGUGAAUUCACCACAAGCUAUAGGGAGUUAUCCCGAGGACAGAGCCAGUUCAGUGUGUACGAGGUGUUAAAUCCAAAAAAGAAGUGCAAAAAGAAGAAAUACAUAAACUCCGGGACCGUGACACUUCUCUCAUUUAAAGCUGAGUCUGAAUACACAUUUGUGGAUUAUAUUAAAGGAGGAACGCAAUUAAACUUCACGGUAGCCAUUGAUUUUACAGCAUCAAAUGGUAACCCCUCUCAGCCCACCUCGCUGCAUUAUAUGAAUCCCUACCAACUAAACGCAUAUGGUAUGGCAUUAAAAGCUGUCGGGGAGAUUAUCCAGGACUAUGACAGCGACAAACUGUUUCCGGCUUAUGGCUUUGGUGCUAAGAUCCCACCAGAUGGCAAGAUAUCCCACGAAUUCGCUCUGAACGGAGAUGCUGAAAAUCCUAACUGUGUUGGCAUUCAGGGGGUCCUUGAGGCAUACUUUAAAAGCUUACGGACAGUUCAGCUGUAUGGACCCACAAACUUUGCAUCAGUAAUUAACCAGGUUGCCCGAGCGGCUGGUCAGAUCACAGAUGGAUCCCAAUAUUACGUUCUCCUAAUUAUCACUGAUGGAGUCAUCUCAGACAUGGCACAGACCAAAGAAGCAGUUGUAAACGCUUCAUCGUUACCACUGUCUAUUAUUAUUGUAGGGGUUGGCCCAGCAGAAUUUGAUGCAAUGGAAGAGUUGGAUGGAGAUGAAGUCCGUGUUUCCUCUAGAGGUCGCUUUGCUGAAAGAGAUAUUGUGCAGUUUGUGCCAUUCCGCGAUUACGUUGACCGAUCUGGUAACCAAGUACUCAGCAUGGCCCGUCUUGCCAAGGAUGUCCUAGCAGAAAUUCCAGAGCAGUUCCUCUCUUACAUGAAGUCCCGUGAUAUCAAGCCCCGUCCACUACCACCUUCAGCCCCAAUGCAGAACCUGCCAUCUCACAUCUGAGCACCAAUCAUGUGAUUCCAUUUUGCACGGACGUGGACACUUCUUACCAUUUUAAAGACAGGGUAAAGCUUUGAAUGACCCAGAACCCCUUUUCCUUGGCCAGGCAUCAACCUAGUAAAAGGAACUCGACUUUGCUUUUUUCCAUCAUCAGUAAACUCUUUGCAGCACAUCUUUUAAUGGGAUGGGUAAUGCAAAUUUGACUGUUUUUUUUCACCGUGGAAUUUUCAUAGUUCAUCAAAACACAAGACUGUAGAGGUUGACGAACAUCUUCUGAAUGUUUAGCGAAGCGGAAGAUGGAGUAAAGCGAUGAGAUGUAUUAGUUAAAAGAUAACGUAGGUGGAUUUUGCACUUUGAAAGUAUGCAGUGCUAAACAUGAGAUGCUGUACAGUAUUUAAGAACUUUUUUUGAAAAUAUAAAGAAUUACAAAUGUACAUUUGUGCUUAC